AUGCUGGACAACGUUCUUGUGCUGCAGAUGAUCUCGUCCAAGUUUCGCCUACCGUGGGAAACCACAUACAUGGCGUUGGUGGUACUUGUCUUGUUCCAGUUGUUGCGCUCCAUGAUAUUCUACUUGGUCCUGGCAUCAAACUUAAAGUCGUUGGAAUGGCUACAAUACCUUCUGGGCGUCUCGCUCUUGUACGCUGCCUACCAGGCUGUUUCGGGAGCAUGUGAGGAAGAGUUCGACAUCAUGGAAACACAACCGAUGCAACUCAUCAAACAUUGUCUCGGUGAUCGGCUCGUAGCUCUUCCGGCAAAGGAUGAGCAGACGGGCGUCGUUGAUUUGGCCGUCAUGCGGACGAAUGGAAAGGGCCAGGUUUGCCUCACGAUGGGCGGCCUCAUGUUGGCUUGUUUGUUGGUAGCCGACUUCGUGCUCAAUAUAGAUGUCGCCCUCACCAAAAUGGAGGAGUUGCAGGACCGUUACAUGUGUCUCAGUUCAUCGGCGCUGGCAGCGUUCACCCUGCCAGACGUUUUCCCCUUGAUAGAGGGCAUCUUCAAACGGUUCCCCGGACUGAAGUACGCAGUGGGCUUCGUCUUCGUCUUCGUUGGCGUGCAGAUGCUCCUGUACAGGGUCGUAACAAUCCCCGCGCUGCUUGGGGUUGCGAUCAUGGUGGCAGUGCUGCUCCUCGGCAUCGCGUCCUCCGUUUUCCUGGGCUGGCGUGCGGGAGGCGGGACCUUCGCCAGCCCACCUCCCGCCUGA